UUGGAAGAGCCUCUCACAUCGACAGCCCGCCCACUGACCGACUCCGUGCUAACCGUGCGGAUCAUCAAGUCGUUUCCGUACAGAAACGUCCGCAACCACGUGUUCCCGCACGUCGACCUGAAAAAUACCACCCCUAAACAGCUGUUCGACACAAUCAUUGACACUAUCAACACCACAGGCGCCCUUAGACCGUACAGAGGCGUUAAUUACGACACACUCAAGAUCUACACCCACGCACACGGCAGCAAGACGAUGAAUUUGGUGAUCAACAUGGAACACGACGACGACUGGAUCCUGGACCUCGAGGACAACACAAAAACGCUGGUGGACUACGGGAUUGCCAACGAGACGGAAUUGAGCAUCUUUAACCGGGCAGAGUACGAGAAGUUCAAGGCCAACCCAGAGGAGAAGUGGUAG